ACUUGUAGUUUCAGAUUUUUUUAUCGAUCCCGAUCCUGGAGAUACCUUCCUGAUUCCUCUGUCUUCACCACAUCGGACUUCUCAAAAACUUACCGCUACAAGAGUGGAAAAGUGAGGCCAAAACAGCUGAAUAAGAGCCCUCCGAGAGUCAGCCGCUUCUGCUGCCUCCUGCAUCUCCAACCCCAGCGUUACUCAAAGUGACCGUCGGCUCAAAGAUGUUCAUCAGGAUCGGGACUGUGAUGGACUGGCCUUCGGCCUACUUCUACUGCAAGAGCAAGUACACCAACUUAGCCGACUUCCACGACGUGACCGACGCGGCGGCCCUGACUCCCAUCUUGGACGAUCAAGACCGGUGGGUCGGCCUGUUCUUCGAUGAGGAGAUUGGCCAGUUGAAAUGGUCCACCAACAUGUUUGGCACCCCGGAGUGGCUGAGCCAGAUUCUGUUCUUGCCAGGGCAGUGUGGGACUCUUCACCUUUUCGGCAGCUCUAGAGCAAAAUUGUCUGCUAAUUCCUGCAGUGACAAGAAACCUUUCAUCUGCUUCUACGACCCAACCUUCAGAUACCCAACGACUGCCCAAUUGAUCCUCGAUCCUCAGCCUGCUACCACCCAGGAAGGGAUGACCACAUUCCAACCAGGGACCAGCACCAGUACUGAGAGGGCACCCGCCUCCUGGCCGGCUACAGCUCCACCCCCAUCAGCCCUGACUUCGGCCCCACUGGCCGUGGCUAUGCAGUCACAGACCAUGGCUCCGCUCCCUCUGGCCACUUCUGUGUCAACAAGGAGCCCUUUGGGGCAACAGCCAGGGAGCAGCUCUGCAGUCCCUGGGAGACAGAAUGGACCCAGCCUAGAGGCCCAGCCAGCCAGGACAGAGAUAACUGGAAGCCCAGAGGCCCAAGACUCGGUUUCCACUGUGCCGGCCCACCUUCCAGGGACCAGCACCAGUACUGAGAGGGCACCCGCCUCCUGGCCGGCUACAGCUCCGCCCCCACCAGCCCCGACUUCGGCCCCGCUGGCCAUGGCUAUGCAGUCACAGACCAUGGCUCCGCUCCCUCUGGCCACUUCUGUGUCAACAAGGAGCCCUUUGGGGCAACAGCCAGGGAGCAGCUCUGCAGUCCCUGGGAGACAGAAUGGACCCAGCCUAGAGGCCCAGCCAGCCAGGAUAGAGACAACUGGAAGCCCAGAGGCCCAAGACUCGGUUUCCACUGUGCCGGCCCACCUUCCAGACCUUCCCAGCCCCGGGAGAGGGGUCACCCCUACCAGCCCAGUGGCCUCCACUCCAGUCCUCCAUGUGCCCCCCACUCAGAACCCAGCUCCUGGAAGAGUAGGCACGGAGCCCCAGGGAAGCACCUCAGAGCAAGACCUUCUCAGCCUCGGGAGAGGGGUCACCCCUACCAGCCCAGUGGCCUCCACUCCAGUCCUCCAUGUGCCCCUCACUCAGAACCCAGCUCCUGGAAGAGUAGGCACAGAGCCCCAGGGAAGCACCUCAGACCAAGCAGAGUUCGCGUUUGUGGUCCUGAAGGCGGAUUUCAACUUCCUGACUCCGAUGGACCCUGAGGAAAUGAAAAAACAGAUCCUUUUGGAGAUCCAGGAAGCUGUGGAAAGGGUUUUGGGUAAUGAGGAAUUCAGACUCAACUGGAUCGGCUACGAAGUGCCCCAAAACUAGACCAUCGAGUCUCGUCAAGAAGGGGCAUUUUCCUCCCCCGUUACGUCCCUAAAUGCUGGUGGUACCUGAAGAGCCAGGGGGAGCAGCCUAAGAUGGACCUUGGAGAAAAUGGAUGGCCCAAUCUGGUGCCCAAUGCCCACUGCUCCAGUUACAGCUGAGGCUGGGCAGAAAGGAGGGAAAAGGAGAAGGAGAAGGGAUUGUCUGUUAACACUGACAAUUUCCCAGGGCUUUUCCAGAAAGGGAGCAGCUUUACCUGAAUUCCAGUUGGGCUCUGGUGAAAUCUGUCUCCACAGUUACCGGCCUAAUGCCUGCCUUCCCAUUCCUGCCAAUCGCCCUGAUACUGAACCACCAAGCACCCAGCCACCAGAAGCAAAGAUGAAGACGUCCAUCAAUGAAGCAGUUUGACUCUCAAAUGUUUAAAGUUAAAGUUUAUUUGUACUCUUUGUAGGAAUAUCAAUAAAAGACCUCAAACAUAUCUAUAUCUGUACAUGUACAAGAACCGUUCAAAAUUAUUCACAGAACAAAAAUAAAUCUUCUUUAGAACAAGCCCAGGUAAUGAAAUGCAGACACAGGUCUCACACAGGAAACUGUCCAGUGCUAAGAGCACAAAAAUAUGGCUUUAAAAUUAAAUAAAAUCUUGGGUUUACAUUUUUCUAAGGUGUAUUCUCUCUCUCGAAAUAAAAAUAAAUUAUUUAG